GCUGGAGCCAGAUGACUUGAGGAAGCUCCGGUCAUUUGCCAGAUAGACCGUCCGGAGCGAAGGAUACCCCAGUCACACAGUCCAGCCGUCCCGGAGAUGAACCACCUGCCUAGCAGCUCUGUCCGCGAUCACAUGAAAUGGCUGGAUAUGUGUUCGGGAGCAGUUCAGGUUAAGAACGUUGCUUGGCAGCACUGCGUCAGGGCCCUGCUGGGACUCAAACUGGCACUCUUCAGUUCAUGAGUCCAUGUGCUUAACCACUACCCUACAAGCUGCUCGUAUAGUUUAGGCAGGGUUGCUGGGCUGUGAGGCCGUGCUAUCAAGCAUGGCCCUGAUGCAAGCCGGCUCCAUGGCCAGCCAGAAGAAGAUGGCCACCCCACUGGGCCAGGGACAGAGGGAGAGCCCCGAGCACAGCCAGCAUAACCACAUGGUCCUGCCCUCAGGAAUGAGCUGCCCCCCGCUGCUUAUCCGUAAGGAGGGGGAAUUCCAUUCCUCUCGUCUUCUGGAUGAAAAGGGGAUGAGAGAGAGCAGCUCAGUGAAGAAGAAGAAUAGGAAGUCUGGGACACCCUGCAAAGUGAGGGAGAGAAACAAAGCAGGGGAGGUGGUGGUGGUGGACGAGAACGGCGACUGUCCUCUUAAAGUCCAGAAGAACUUCAUCUGCGAGCACUGUUAUGGAGCCUUCAGGAGCAGCUACCACCUCAAGAGGCACAUCCUGACCCACACAGGGGAGAAGCCGUUUCCCUGUGACGUCUGUGACAUGCGCUUCAUCCAGCGCUACCACCUGGAGCGGCACAAACGUGUCCACAGCGGGGAGAAACCGUACCGCUGCGAGCGCUGCCAGCAGAGUUUCUCACGGACUGACAGACUCCUCCGCCAUCGUCGCGGCUGCCAGGUAGCGGGCGAGGCCCGCAGCUUCUCCCAGGAGACUCCCACCACUGCCGCCACCGCAUCCUGGAGCCCCCUGCAGUCACCCUCAAGUCGCCUGACGGUCUGACAGCACGCUGAGACACAGCGAGCAGACGUCAGCUCCCCAGAGUCCCAGGCUCAGUGGUGCCUCACCUUGGCACGGACUGGUACUGCAGCUCCAGCAGCGAGGGCUGGUGGGAGGUGGAGAAGAACAUGGUUUUUUUCCCUGCUCAGAUCCUGAGAAACAGAAACAGAUUAUUUUAUACUUAUGUUAAUUCUGGUUACAUUUCAGUUUUAUUACAGUUUAGAGGAUUUUUAUGUAAUGUCGUUGGUACGAGAGCCGAGGGGCGAGAAGCUGGGCUGGGGUGGGGUGGGGGGCACCUUUAUUUCCUGACACUAUGGCAAUAAUAUGCUGGCAUCUCGUUAAAACACCAGGUAGUGGCUGCAGAUGGUGCUGAUCAGAAUGCGCCAAAUCACAACAGCUCACAGGCUACAGUCCGCAAAGUGCAUCCAAAGAGUCGAGGCGAGUCACUGGGAACUCAGGGGCCCUUGUGGGUUCUGGGGCUCCAUGUCCCAGUGAAAUUCACUCCCCCCGCAGGUAGCAAUAAGAAACCGGUUCUGGUGAAGCCCCGGUGUAAAACCGUACUGAGGAAUCUCCCCUGAUACGUUGCAUACCGCAACAACCUGGUUGUCAUGGCAACACCCUCACGCAAACAGACGCGUCGGUAAUUGAUGGCGGAUACACCAGACCCCAUGGCCUUCGCACGCUUUCCCUGCCUCCUGUUUUUUUCUUUGCGACCUGGGUGCAUUCCCCUGUCUUUGUGUGGACUCUGUGGCUCGGGCCUCCUGGUUCCCCAGUCACGUUAGCGUUACGGCCUGCCCCUCUCUGGACCCAGCAAGGCACGUGUCCGUCCUCUGAGUCGACUCCGAUCAGCGCUGUUAAAAACAUGAACCUGAUGUUUUUAAACCUCCCUUCUUGUCACAGUCUGCCAGUGUCCCUUCACAGAUGUGCUUCUGUAAGUUAUUGCUGCCGGUCUGGUUUUGUGCUGAAUUGUAAAGCUCGGUCCCUCAUCUCCCUGAGAAGAGACACUGCGCGCGUCCCAGAGCGACCCAGCGGGGCUGUGCGAUCUGCACCUGGCCCCCGGCAUGCCCACCCUGAGCUGCUCAUUUCAUAGAUGCAGGCCUUCCAAGUUUUAGUGAUUCUUGUUCUUAGUUGUCGUGGGAGAGCAAUGAGCCUGAAACGCCUCCCUUAUGAGCAGUCGGUCUGAGAACAGGCUGCCUUGGCCUUUAGCCAGGGCAUUUAGUACCCCAGACAGCGGCGUUUCCUGCUGAAUUUAUUGUAACAUUCAUUUCAAACGAUCACUCAGUAGAAGUAACAAAGACGCUACAGUGAAAGGCUAUGUUAGUGUAGAGCCCCCCCCCGCAUGUGCUCGUGGUCCUUCGAAGUUAAUCCCCCUCCUACUGUAAACACAAAAGGUGUAGAAAUGUCUCUUGAUGCUGAUUAUUUAGUUUCUUAAAUAGCAUACUAAUGUACCCUCACUGUCCACUUAGCAUUGUUAUGUAAAAAGGGGGGGCUUCCUUUAAGAUGAAAUUAAAAAAGGUUUUUGUUUUUCUAAAA